CUGUACCCCCUGCUCUGAGCCUAACUGUAUCAUUUUCAGAAAUGCUAUCUAGUGGGCAAGUGGCUGAGAAGGAGGGCGUAAACUUCUGUGAAUGAUGAGUCUCAAUGAGCAGACGGAAACUAGACUCACCCUCACAGACGGGCUGAGGGAGGAGGGCCUCCCAUGUCAUGAAGUAGAGAAGUCCCAAACGUUUUAAUCUGCAGCAGAAUUAUCCUUGCAAGGCUCAGGAUGAUUCAUCCCUUUUUUAACCCAUCAAACUAGGAUUUUUAUACCAAUGUUAAUUCUGUCCAUAUUAACACCAGCAUUGAUGUGUUUCAACAGUACAGUCAUAUCAUUUAGUUUACGGAUCAAAAGACACAUUUAAGUGUUACAAGUUUAAGAUACCACAAAUUUGUGGUGAAAGGAGGUGGUCUUUUCAGUGCUUAUCAACUAGGAAAAUGUAGCUGUGUGGCUUAGCGAUUCUUACAAACUAUGUAUUUUCCCUUAAUUGUACAGACAUGAGUUUCUCCAGCUCACCUUGAAUUAGUUUAUCUAAAGUAUUUUUGACAAAUUAUUUUCUUUGAUCAUAACUGGUGUUACCAUAUCACCUCAACUUUCAUACUACUACAUGCCUGUUUUACUAGGACUCCUGAUACCUGCACAUCACACAAUGCACAUUACUGCUCUGCUACACAUAGAGUAGGCUAGGCCAUGUGAUGCCGUCAUAUAUAAAUGUGUUGGGUUUUUUUUGCCUCAUGAGGGAGAACCAUGCCUAAACUGACGGGAAAAGAGUUGUUUUAGACAGUAAAAAUGACUAAAAGCCUCAACCACAGAAGCAAACCAUAAGUCUGACUAUGGAGAAAUGUACCAUAGAUACUCUACCUCUGAAUCAUACAGAUAUAUCUAAUGUGAUCAAUCUAAUAUGCUUCCCUUUAAGACUUAAAGCUCUACAUGUUUGAAUGCCAAGGUAAAUAAAGGCAAAAUUCUAGGCCCACAAAGGUUAUAUAAGAACAUGCGCAAGAGCAAUUUUAAGCAAGGUUUCGAGCAUCUUGAGAGUGCAUCAACACACUGCAAAUAUGCUACCAAUGCUAUGUACUGAGCAGAGAAAUGCUGUCCAUGUAAAACAGAAUCAUCGAAAACGAUUUCUGAGGUGACAGAUCACGGCAAUGCCAGGUAGCCUAACAGACGUAUAAGCAAGAAAAAGAACGCGGGAUCUGUGGGGAAAAGAUGGUUCUAGUCAUUCGUUCUAGUGGACCAUGGGAACCUGUCUGCAUGAGUGGGGUGCAUGUCUGAUGACGCAGGUGCGGGAAAAAUGAUUUGGUGGGUUUUGAUUAGCUCAAGAGCUUAGAACGCUGAAUUUGUUGCAUUACUUUUCCCAUAAUCGACUUUAACAGACCCACUAUCUUCCUUUCUCAAGAAUUCACUUGGACCAGGAGAAUGGACGACGGCAGAUGUGGUCGUUCAGAUUACGAAUACCUGGCAGAGAUAGGCGAGGGCGCCUACGGUAAAGUCUUCAAAGCAAGGGAGAUCGGCGAAAAACAGCGUCUUGUUGCGGUGAAAAAGCUGAAUCUACCCGGAGAUCCUGAAACGGGAAUCCCCGCCUUCAUGAUUCGGGAAGUGGCGCUGUUGCGCAAAAUCGAAUAUUUUAACCACCCAAACAUUGUAAAGCUUCUGGAUGUGUCAGCAUGUGUUAGGAACCAGUCAUUGGACUUGACACUUGUGUUUGAGUAUAUUGAUCAAGAUCUAACAACAUAUAUGAACUGUGCUGAAAACGGAUUGAGCCGGGAAAAAAUUAAGGAUGUGAUGCGACAGCUGCUGAAGGGCCUGGACUUCUUACACUCUAAUAUGUUGGUGCAUCGAGAUCUGAAGCCUGACAACAUCUUGGUCAGCAGUCAUGGGGAGGUGAAGAUUGCUGAUUUUGGCUUGGCAAGAAUCUACACCUAUCACAUUGCCCUCACCCCGUGUGUGGUGACUCUGUGGUACCGGGCUCCAGAAGUUCUGCUCCACUCAGGCUACAUGUCCUCAGUGGAUGUUUGGAGUGCUGGCUGCAUCUUUGCAGAACUCUUCCUCUCGAGGCCUUUGUUCCGAGGGUUUACUGAGGCUCAGCAAUUGCAGAAGAUCUUUGAGUUGAUUGGUUUGCCUAAUGAAGAAGACUGGCCCAAGGAAAGCCCGAUCCGCUAUUCCCUUGCCUGGAGUCCAACUUGCAUGUCGCGACCUGGCACCCAAGUCCUUCCCAGCCUUGGCAUGGAGGAGAACGACCUGCUUCUCGGAUGUUUGGCCUUCAAGCCAUCAAAUCGCAUCUCUGCUUGUCGAGCCCUAGCCCACCCCUUUCUGGCAGAGUUCUAACACUAAUGGACAGGAAGUGAAGAGAGAAGGCCUUGACAUGAACGCAGCAUAGUUCCAUUCUCAUUGGCUCCCUCCCCCAGCCUCACCUCCAUCUGCUAAGGGGUUUUCUGCUGUGAGAGGAAUAGGGGGUUCUCAAGUUCAGACUUGUAAAUCCCAAAGUAGUUGAGACAGAUCAGUCACGUUUUCCCUUUUUUAGAUUGAUGAGGGUAUUAUUAUUAAUUAAAGUCCAGGUGUAUGUGACCUCAUCCACGAAAUAUAGGCAAAUUAGUUAAUAUUUCAGAUUACUUAUUCGUCAAUCGCGCUGAUUCCAAUUCAGGAAAACAUGCUUAAUAUUGAAAGAUCUUGAACAUCUUCGGCUGUGCAGUCCCACACAAUGGGUUCCAGGAGGCAAAUGUUCAUCUCACAUCAUGGAAACCCUUAGCAGAAAAGGGAAAUGUUUCAUCAACAGCGAUUGGUAUUGUAACAAAGACAUUUGGGCAGUAAAGUAAAUGAAAAUAGAAAAUCUGUUUUUAAAAAAAGAACAGUGACUUAAUUGCAGUCGUUUGAACACAAGCCAUUUUAUUUUUUUAUGUUUUAUAUUUGGGAGUUUAAUUACGGAAAAGAUUAGAUCAGGGCGAACACACCUCAGCAACCAACACCUUUGUAACCUCAAUAGGUAGGAUCAGAAGGGUAACAACUGCUGAUUAAUUAAAGGGAUGUUUUAUUACCAGACACACUCAUGCGCUUUAACUUAUUUAUAUUGCAGAGGGAUGUGACAGUUAAUUGCAUUGCUCAAGUUAUGCAAGUAAACUCAGCCUAAUGUUGAUGAAUUUCCGUGUUCCAUGUGGCCAGCAUUUGUUAUUUAAUAUUCAUCUGUUGCCCUGUUUGUAUUGCCUGGCUUGUUUUGUUUUUUUCCCAACUGUUUUCACAGCUAAUACUUAAAAGUGUUGUAGAACAGUUUUGCUUUGUUAUAUGUUACUUAUUGGCUUAAAAGUAGGGAAUCAUAUUUCAUGAUAAUAGAGAAUUUUAUCAGAACCAAAGAGACAAUUAAUAAUUCCCCAUUUUUGUGUUUUUCUUUUCUUUUUCCUUUAGCAAAAUAAUAAUGACAAGCAACGAGGUUACACUGUUGUUUAUGAAUUGACCAUAGCCCGUGUUUACAGUUUGGGGGCUGGGUUGGAUACCACUCGCAAUCUGAGAACAACUUUGCCUGUUGACUCAUGAAAUAAAAAAUCCUUUUUUCCCA